AUGUCAAUAAUGGUUCUGACAAGAUUUAAAGACCGUCCUAUGUUUUAAACCAUACCGGCCUACCUUUUUUUCUCUAUAUAAAAGCAACAAAAUAAGUCGGAAUAAGCAUUCUGGUCAGUGCAAGAUAUUAACAAGUAUACGACAUUUUUGCUUGAUAAAGAGGAAUAUUUUUAGUGAAAUGGCGGCUGAAGUUAAAGCAAAAUUUGAGGGUAAAUGGACUGUCUGUGAAUCUGAAAAUUUUGAGGCGUUUUUGGAAAAAAUGGGAGUGAAUAUUGUGAAGAAGAAGAUUGCACUUCAAGUAAAGCCGUCGUUAGAGCUCAGCGUGGAUGGGGACAAGAUUUCUAUUAAUAUAUCUGCUGGACCAGUUACAAAUAAAGUGUCAUUCCAACUUGGAGAAACAUUUAAGACAGAUGCAGAAUAUACUGGGCAGGCUGUCACGGAAUUUACAGAUGGUAAAUUAGUCACAAAAGGAUCACCUAACGAGGGGAAAUUAAAAGGAGAAACGGUCACAGUUGUGAGAGAAAUAAGUGGAGAUCAGCUUAUUCAGACGAUGUCAGUUGGUGACGUCACAGCUAAACGUAUCUUCAAGAAAGCAAAAUAGAUCUUUUUGUUAUGAAGAUUCUGCAAUUUAAUAGAGGACUGUACAUUUAUUUAUCACACAUGUUUCUAACAUACUCGUAUAAAAAUGUCUGCAUCAACAUUGUUACAAUGUACAAUUAAGGACGGAGAUACGUGUGAAAAUAAAAAGACUAACUUAUAAAUAUUAAUAUUGCAAAUUAUUACAUGUAUAUUUUUUAACCUUUUUUUUGUGUGAUUGCAAGGCUUUCAGAUGUUCAAACAAAUAAGUAAUGAUGGCAAGGCUUUCAGAUGUUAAAAAACACAUUCAAAUAUAUAUAGUUCAUUUAAAUGAAGUUUAAUUAAUUUAUUGCAUUUCCAACCGCUGCAAUUUUAUUUCAAUUUGACGGCAUUUUAAACAGCUGAUGAUAGGCACUAUUUUUAUAAGAGUGUUGUCAAGUAAUUAAAGUGCGUAAUUGCAAGCUGGAUGAUUGUUUUUAGACUCUGAAAAAUAUAAUGUUGCUAAUGCAAAGUUUCAAUGUUCAUGUCAUUCACUAAAUUAUUUAUAGGUUAGUGAUUAUCUCAAGAGCUGCUCAACCGAUUAAAUUUGUAAAUAUUUACUAAUGAAGACUUACAAAUUCGAUUUUAUAAACAAUAAAUUCACUAGACUGCUUUUACCAAAAUAGAUAUGUUACGAUUCAUUUUGAAAUAUUGCAGUUUAUUACUAUUGGACAAUAAUAAUUUCAGACAAUGUUUAAAUUGUUAAAAUCAAAAACAUUUUUUAAACUGUUUUAUUGUGACUCCUUUUAUAAUUGGUAUACUAAUGUUAUAACAAUUAACGACUUCUAAUCCUUUAUAAUUUCACUAAGUGAAGACAUUUUUUCCUGCAAUAUCAGUAUUUACUUCAGUUGUUAAAUCAUGUAACAUUAAAUUAUGACUAUAUCAAUUCAUUCACCACAUGUCCAGUAUGUGCAAUUACGUACAUUUAUUUAU